UUACCAUUUUACCGUCGCGGGCUUAUAACAACAUACAGAAAACUUACCUUUCGUAUCGACUGUAGUCGUCAGUGAGUGUUUCGCCUUCGAGUAAAUAGGUACACAAAAGAAUUUUAGAAGACUAUGGAUACGAAAUUGAGUUGAUCAAAAAAGUGUUGAAGUUUUUUUUUGGUUUUCGCGUUGUGUAUCACUACCGUGUUAUCAAACACAUUAAUUGGAUUAUCUUUUUGGAAUAUUUUUUGUAAAUUUUAAUUGGAAUCAUGAGGACGCCAACGGCGGCAGCCUUAUUGGUUUGCUUGACCGUAUUAAUUGCAGAAGUGUUUUCACAGGAAUUAUUUUCGUGUCCAAAUGGAUGGGAGCUACGAGGCUUGAACUGUUACAAAUAUUUUGGCAUCAAACAUUCAUGGGAGAAGGCAGCUGAACUCUGUAGACGUUAUGGAUCUGAAUUGGUUGCUAUUGAUUCCUAUUCGGAAAACAAUAUGACACUGUCCAUUGCCUCUUCGGCCGACCCCAACAAACGUUUUUCGGAUAAAUACUGGUUGGGUCUAGCAUCAUUGGAUGACCUACGCACCAAUACUCUGGAAUCUGCUUCCGGUGGACUAGUGUCACAGUACUCCGGAUUCUGGUCAUUGAAUCAACCGGAUCCCAAUUCGGGUGAAUGUGUUGCCGUUUCAUUAGCUGGUAUGAUGCAGUCAUGGGGAUUGGACACCUGCGAAAGUCUUCUACCGUUCAUGUGCAAAUCAACGGCAUGCCCCCAAAAUUCACUGCAUUGCUCCAAUGGCGGUUGCGUCAAUCAAGCAUUCAAAUGUGAUGGCAACGACGAUUGUGGGGAUGGUACGGAUGAAUUAGAUUGUCCAGCCAAUUGUAAUUUCCAUAUGCAAUCGGGAGGUGAUGUGAUCGAAUCGCCGAACUAUCCACAUAAAUAUGGAGCGCUGAGCAAAUGCAAAUGGACGUUAGAAGGACCACAAGGCAGUAACAUUGUUUUGCAGUUCCAAGAAUUUGAAACUGAGAAAACAUUCGAUACUGUGCAAAUCUUGGUUGGUGGACGAACCGAAGACAAAUCCGUUUCUCUAGCCACUCUAUCGGGCAAAGAAGAUCUGGCUAACAAGCCAUUUGUAACGGCUUCCAAUUUCAUGAUUGUGAAAUUUACAUCCGAUGGUAGUGUUGAACGUAAAGGAUUUCGAGCUACUUGGAAAACUGAACCUCAAAAUUGCGGUGGCACACUGAGAGCAACUGCUCAGGGUCAAAUACUUACCAGUCCUGGAUAUCAAAAGCAAUAUCCGGGAGGAUUAGAAUGUUUGUACAUCAUUCAGGCGCAGCCGGGUCGAAUAAUUUCUCUUGAAGUUCAAGACUUAGACUUAAAUGCUGGUCGAGACUAUGUUUUGGUUAGAGAUGGAGACUCACCUAUGAGCCGUGGAAUUGCUCGCCUAACUGGAUUGGCCAAGGAUAAUGCGAAAGUAAUCAUUUCAACUGGCAACAAAUUAUACGUUUACUUCAAGACAAGUCUAGGUGACUCAAGGAAAGGUUUCAAUAUUAGAUAUACUCAGGGAUGUAAAGCAACGAUAACAGCUUUAAAUGGUACAGUAUCGUCGCCAGCCUUUGGCCUUGGAGACUAUCCAAGCAAUCAAGAAUGCAUGUACAAAAUUCAAAACCCGUCCAAGGGACCACUAUCCCUUCGCUUUGAUAAAUUCAAUGUUCAUCAAAGUGAUGUUGUGCAAGUUUUCGAUGGUUCCUCAACAUCAGGCCUGCGUUUACAUUCCGGCGAUGGAUUUACCGGAGAUAAAGCACCACGUCUUACUCUAACAGCAUCUUCCGGUGAAGUGCUAAUCAAAUUCGUCACAGAUGCUCUGCACAAUAGUCCUGGUUGGUCAGCUACAUUCAGUGCAGAUUGUCCAGAUUUGAAACCUGGCAGCGGAGCACUUGCAUCCAGCCGUGACACAGCCUUCGGUACAAUGAUUACUUUCACGUGCCCUGUAGGACAAGAAUUCGCCACCGGCAAAAACAAGAUUCAGACCGUUUGCAUGAAAGGUGGUAACUGGAGCGUAGACUACAUUCCAAAGUGUCAAGAGGUGUAUUGUGGACCAGUGCCACAAAUCGAUAACGGAUUUUCCAUCGGAUCAUCAAAUGUAACUUAUCGCGGCAUUGCAAUGUAUCAGUGCUACGCUGGUUUUGCUUUCCCAACCAACGCUCCAAUUGAGAAGAUUUCAUGUCUAUCCGAUGGCAGAUGGGAACGUCAACCCUCUUGUAUGGCAUCUCAGUGCGUACCUCUGCCCGAAGUUCCACAUGCAAAUGUAACUUUGUUGAAUGGCGGCGGUAGAAGUUAUGGAACGAUUGUUCGAUUUGAAUGUGCACCUGGGUACGAGCGAACUGGGCAUCCAGUUUUAAUUUGUAUGUCAAACGGCACAUGGAGCGAUGAAGUACCGAAAUGUACGAGAAAGCAAUGCCACAGAUUCCCUGAAAUUAAGAACGGAUUUAUCGUGGAUCAAUCUAGACCGUACUUCUUCGGAGAUGAAGCUCGUGUCCAAUGUUACAAAGGGUAUAAGUUGAGUGGACCAAAUAUCAUUCGCUGUUCCACGGAACAAGAGUUUGACAACACUCCAACUUGCGACGAUAUCAAUGAAUGUGGAUCGUCCCAGUGCGAUGCUGCAUCUACGGAUUGCAUGAACACUGCCGGAUCUUUCUACUGCCAAUGUAAAAAGGGAUUCAAUCCAACCACAGAAUGUAGACCUGUUGGUGAUCUAGGCCUAGCAAAUGGAGGUAUUCCUGACGACAGCAUUACAGUGUCAUCGACAGAGGAGGGCUACCACAAAGGGAUGGUGAGACUUAAUUCCGUCGGCUGGUGCGGAAACUCCAUUGAACCCGGCUCGAAUUGGGUACUCGUUGACUUCAAGGCACCAACAAUUAUUAGAGGUUUCCGAACCAUGUCUGUACAACGAUACGACGGAAAUGUUGCAUUUACAUCUGCAGUACGUUUGCAGUUCUCUGACGAUUUGGCAGAUGUUUUCAAAGACUACGCAAAUCCUGAUGGAACAGCUGUAGAAUUCCGAAUCCUGGAACCAACUCUAUCGAUUUUAAAUCUGCCAAUUCCCAUUGAGGCGCGUUACGUUCGAUUCCGAAUCCAAGACUAUGUAGGAGCUCCAUGCAUGCGAAUGGAAGCUAUGGGCUGUACCCGAUUGGAUUGUGUGGAUGUAAACGAAUGUGCGAAAAACAAUGGCGGUUGCGAUCAAAAAUGUUUGAACUCGGCCGGAAGUUAUUCUUGCUCGUGUAAUACUGGAUUCGAACUGUUCACCGGUAAUGGCACCGCAGGAUAUUUCAUUGAAAAAUCAGAAACCGGUGACCGAGACGGUGACACGAUUCAGAAAAACAAAUCUUGUGUACCAGUCAUGUGUCCUGCGUUAACCGUACCCGAAAAUGGUAAAUUGUUAACAAGCAAAGCGAAGCAUCAUUUCGGUGAUUUGGUGAGGUUCCAAUGCAAUUUCGGAUACGUAAUGUCGGGCAGUUCGUCACUUCUCUGCUUGUCAAGCGGUCAGUGGAACGCUACCGUACCAGAAUGCAUGUAUGCAAAAUGCGUUUCUCUACCGGACGACAAAUCCAAGGGACUAGCCGUUAUACGUCCAGACCAGGAAAGUGUUUUAGUGCCAUUCAGAGACAAUGUAACGUUGACGUGUAGCUCACCAGGAAGACAAUUACGAGACACAGCAACAUCAGGUUUCAGACAGUGCGUCUAUGAUCCUAAGCCAGGCUUCCCCGACUAUUGGCUUUCUGGUUCUCAGCCAUCAUGUCCGCGAGUUGAUUGCGGUGUCCCAAUGCCGACACCAGGAGCAGAAUAUGGUCAACAUGCUGACACCAAGUACCAAAGCUCAUUCUUCUUCGGUUGUCAACAUACAUUCAAACUGGCUGGUCAAACCGGUAAACACGAUAAUGUUGUUCGUUGUCAAGGCAACGGAAUCUGGGACUUUGGUGAUUUGAGAUGUGAAGGACCUGUUUGCGAAGAUCCCAGUCGCCCAAGCGAUGGCAUUCAAAUUUCAAGAAGUUAUGAACAAGGAUCCGAAGUAUUGUUCAGUUGCUCUCGACCGGGUUACAUUUUAAUAAAUCCCCGACCAAUUAGCUGCAUCCGGGAACCCGAAUGCAAAGUAAUUAAGCCGCUAGGCUUGUCGUCGGGAUUAAUUCCAGAUAGUGCUAUCAAUGCCACAUCGGAACGACCAAAUUAUGAAGCAAGAAACAUUCGAUUGAACAGUGUCACUGGCUGGUGUGGAAAAGAAGAAGCCUUUACAUACGUAAGCGUUGAUCUUGGCCAGGUGUACAGAGUGAAGGCUAUCCUAGUGAAAGGCGUUGUGACGAACGACAUCGUCGGCCGACCGACUGAAAUUCGAUUCUUCUACAAACAGUCGGAAAGCGAAAACUACGUUGUCUACUUCCCCAACUUCAAUCUAACCAUGCGAGAUCCUGGAAAUUAUGGAGAGCUUGCGAUGAUCACACUGCCGAAAUACGUUCAAGCCAGAUUUGUGAUUUUGGGUAUUGUUCAGUACAUGGACAACGCCUGUUUGAAAUUCGAAUUGAUGGGCUGUGAGGAGCCAGCUCAAGAACCACUUUUGGGCUACGAUUACGGAUACUCACCUUGUGUCGACAACGAACCACCAGUUUUCCAGAAUUGUCCACAACAACCGAUUGUUGUACGUCGUGAUGAAAACGGAGGUGUCAUGCCAGUAAACUUCACUGAACCAACGGCAUUAGACAACUCUGGAUCAAUUGCUCGAUUGGAAGUGAAACCACAGAAUUUCAAGACUCCGAUGUACUUAUUCCAAGACACGGUUGUUAAGUAUGUUGCAUUCGAUUACGACGGAAACGUUGCUAUAUGCGAAAUCAAUAUCACCGUGCCAGACGUUACUCCACCAUUGUUGAGUUGUCCACAGAGUUAUGUGAUUGAACUGGUUGACAAACAAGAAAGCUAUUCGGUGAACUUCAACGAAACACGGAAGCGAAUCAAAGUGUCUGAUGACUCGGGUGAUGUGAAGCUUACAUUCAUACCAGAUAGAGCCACCAUACCGAUUGGAACAUUUGAAAAUGUGACCGUUGUCGCUACCGAUCGAUUUAAUAACAAAGCAAUGUGUCACUUCCAAGUGUCCGUCCAAGCCACACCUUGUGUCGAUUGGGAAUUACAGCCUCCAGUCAAUGGGGCAUUGAACUGCUUGCCAGGAGACAGUGGAGUUCAGUGUAUUGCUACAUGCAAACCCGGCUACAGAUUCACCGAUGGAGACCCGGUCAAGACUUUCUCGUGCGAAACGUCUCGCUUAUGGAAGCCCACGUCUGUAGUUCCUGAUUGCGUUUCCGAAAACACACAACAAGCAGACUACCAAGUUACAGUUACAAUGAAUUAUCGUGCCAAUGGAGCCGUUGCUCAAGCUUGUUUAGGUCAAUAUCAGGAUCUUCUACAGCAAUACUAUGGCAACUUAAAUCAACUGUUGUCGCAACGUUGUUCCGCUGUAAACAUCAACAUGAACGUGUCGUUUAUCAAAUCGAUUCCGACUUUGUUGGAGGAAAAUGUUGUGAAAAUGGAAUUCCUUUUGGUAAUUAUUCCCGCCGUAAGACAACCACAACUGUACGACCUGUGUGGAUCCACUUUGAAUCUCAUAUUUGACCUUAGCGUUCCUUACGCCAGUGCCGUUAUUGAACCGUUAUUGAAUGUGUCGAGUAUCGGAAAUCAGUGUCCGCCACUUCGAGCAUUGAAAAGCUCAAUUAGUCGCGGAUUCACGUGUAGUGUCGGUGAAGUUUUGAACAUGGAUACGAAUGAUGUACCACGUUGUUUACAUUGUCCUGCUGGAACCUUUGCCGGUGACAAACAAAAGUCAUGUACCUACUGCCCGCGAGGAUUUUAUCAAAGUAGAGACAGACAAGGAUCGUGCUUACGAUGCCCACCGGGAACAUACACGAAAGAAGAAGGCUCAAAGGCCAUCAGUGCUUGCGUUCCAGUUUGCGGCUAUGGAACAUAUUCACCGACAGGAUUGGUACCGUGUCUCGAAUGUCCACGAAAUUCCUACACCGGCGAACCGCCAACUGGAGGUUUCAAGGAUUGUCAAGCAUGUCCAGCUGGAACAUUCACAUUCCAACCAUCAGCUCCAGGAAAAGAUCGUUGCCGUUCGAAAUGCGCACCAGGAUUUUAUUCGAAAACUGGUCUCGCUCCCUGUUCAGCUUGUCCUCAAAAUUUCUAUCAAAGCGUUGCUGGUAUGACAGCAUGUAGUGAAUGUCCCACCAAUAUGAAAACAGAUGGACAAAGUGCAGCCGGUCGUGAAGAAUGCAAACCGAUCGUUUGUACAGAGACCUCAUGUCAACACGGUGGUCUGUGUGUUCCAAUGGGACAUAAUAUUCAAUGCUUCUGUCCAGCAGGAUUUUCGGGUCGACGAUGUGAGAUUGACAUAGACGAAUGUGCAUCGCAGCCAUGUUAUAAUGGAGGACAGUGUACCGACUUACCACAAGGCUAUCGGUGCCAAUGUCCACCUGGUUACUCUGGCAUCAAUUGUCAAGAAGAAAUGAGUGAUUGUAGAAACGACACAUGCCCUGCACGCGCUAUGUGUAAAGAUGAACCUGGUUUCAAUAACUACACUUGCCUUUGUCGAAGCGGCUACACAGGCAUCGAUUGUGAUAUAACUAUCGAUCCAUGUACAGCUAGUGGAAAUCCAUGCUCAAACGGAGCGUCAUGUAUAGCUUUGCAACAAGGACGUUAUAAAUGCGAAUGCAUAUCAGGCUGGGAAGGACAACAUUGUGAGAAAAAUAUCAACGAUUGUGCGGAGAAUCCAUGUUUACUCGGAGCGAACUGCACGGAUCUAGUUAACGAUUUCAGCUGUGGGUGUCCUCCUGGAUUUACCGGAAAGCGUUGCCAAGAAAAAAUUGAUCUUUGUCUCUCUGAACCGUGCAAGCAUGGCGUUUGUGUCGAUCGACUUUUCAACUAUGAGUGUGUUUGCCAUCCUGGAUGGACUGGAGACUCGUGUGAUAUUGACAUAAUGGAUUGUGCUCACAAUCCUUGCGAGAAUAGUGGAUCAUGUUUGGAUCUAGUCGACGGUUAUACAUGCAAUUGCGAACCUGGAUACACUGGCAAAAACUGUCAACAUGCUAUCGACGAUUGCGAAAGUGCACCAUGCCAAAACGGUGCUACGUGCAUUGAUCAACUCGAUGGAUUCACUUGCAAAUGCCGGCCAGGCUACGUUGGUCUGCAAUGUGAAGCUGAAAUCGACGAGUGUUUGUUAGAUCCUUGCAGUCCAGUGGGAACAGAGCGUUGUGUUGACCUGGACAAUCGAUUCGAGUGCAUGUGCCGAGAAGGUUUCACCGGAAAAAUGUGCGAAACAGACAUUGAUGAUUGUGCAUACUCUCCGUGCUUGAAUGGUGGCCAAUGCCGGGACCGUAUCGGGUCUUUCGAAUGCAUUUGCCUACAAGGAUGGACUGGUGAUCGUUGCGAGAAGGAAGUUGCAACAUGCACUUUACAGAAACCGUGCCAGAACGACGCAACAUGCAUUGAUUUGUUUGAAGAUUAUUUCUGUGUAUGUCCCAGCGGAACGGAUGGCAAGCAAUGUGAAACAGCUCCGGAACGUUGCAUUGGCAAUCCUUGUAUGCAUGGCGGCAAGUGCAGAGAUUUUGGCUCUGGAUUGAAUUGUUCGUGUCCUGAAGAUUAUACCGGAAUCGGUUGUCAAUAUGAGUUUGAUGCAUGCGAUGCCGGAGUUUGUCAGAAUGGCGCUGAAUGCAUUGACAAUGGAGUGGGCUACACUUGUGUCUGUCCGAAAGGAUUUGCUGGUAAAAAUUGCGAAGAGGACAUCACCGACUGCAAAGACAAUUCAUGUCCUCCAGGCGCAACUUGCAUAGAUCUGGCUGCCGGUUUCUAUUGUCAGUGUCCAUUUAAUUUGACGGGAGACGACUGCCGAAAAACUAUUCAAGUCGAUUACGAUCUAUACUUCAGCGAUGCCACAAGAUCAACAGCCGCUCAAGUAGUACCAUUCUACACUGCCAAGUCGUCGAGCAUAACAAUCGCCAUGUGGGUUCAAUUCGCCCAAAAAGACGACUCUGGAAUCUUCUUCACUUUAUACUCCGUCGAAUCCGCAAACAUUCCGAACAAACGUCGACCACUGAUCCAAGCUCAUUCCAGCGGCGUGCAAGUGUCCAUUUUCCCUGACUUACAGGACGCUUUCCUAUCGUUCAAAGAGUAUGCAACAAUCAAUGACGGGCAAUGGCAUCACAUUGGUAUUGUGUGGGAUGGAAAAAUCGGUCAGUUGAUGCUCAUUACGGAGGGACUUAUUGCAAGCAAAGCGGAAUAUGGUGGCGGCAGAACAUUCCCUGAAUUUGCAUGGGCUGUGCUAGGCAAACCACAACCAGAAAAGACAAACAGUUUGACCUCGUCAGCGGUCACUUACUCAGAAGCCGGAUUCCAAGGCAAAAUAACUAAAGCACAAAUCUGGGGACGAGCUCUCGAUGUUUCAUCCGAAUUACAGAAACAAGUACGAGAUUGUCGCAGCGAACCGGUUUUGUAUCGAGGACUUCUUCUCAACUGGGCCGGCUAUGAAGUGACAUCUGGUGGUGUCGAGCGUUCAGUACCUUCGUCGUGUGGACAGAAAAAAUGUCCAGCUGGUUAUACUGGUGCACAAUGUCAACAAAUCGAAGUAGACAAAGAAGCACCUCGUGUUGAACAUUGCCCUGGAGAUUUGUGGGUGAUUGCCAGAAAUGGAUCAGCAAUCGUAACCUGGGACGAACCACAUUUCAGCGAUAAUGUCGGAGUGGUUAAGGUCAUUGAACGGAACGGUCAUCGACCUGGUCAAACUUUGCUUUGGGGAACGUAUGAGAUCACUUACAUUGCAUCAGAUGCUGCAGGAAACAGUGCCACAUGCAAUUUUAAGGUAUCGUUGUUGUCAGAAUUUUGUCCAGCAUUGGCCGAUCCAUUGGGCGGAACCCAAGUGUGCAAAGAUUGGGGAGCUGGAGGACAGUUUAAGGUGUGUGAAAUUUCAUGCCAUUCGGGACUACGAUUCUCGGAAGAAGUUCCUGAAUUUUAUACUUGUGGUGCUGAAGGUUUCUGGCGUCCAACAUCUGAUCCAACACAGUCAUUGGUGUAUCCAUCGUGUUCACCUGCUAAGCCUGCUCAACGCGUAUUCCGAAUUAAAAUGUUAUUCCCAUCCGAUGUGCUAUGUAAUGAAGCCGGUCAGGGUGUUCUACGGCAACGUGUCAAAAAUGCCGUCAACUCGCUCAAUCGCGAUUGGAAUUUCUGUUCGUAUUCAACAGAGGGCUCAAGGGAAUGUAAGGACGUUCAAAUCGAUAUCAAUUGUGAUCACUACAGAGGUGGCAAUGCGAAUCGUGCUAAGAGACAAAGUGAAACGUCAGAUGAUGGAGGCACUUACGUUCUGGAGGCACAGAUUCCAGUUGAAAACAAUGCACCUAAUGUGGAUGUUGAUGUGGUUGGUCUUUCGUCUCGUGCCCGUCAAGGCCGGCAACAAAAUGGUGAUACAUACACUUUGGAAAUCGCAUUCCCUGCUGUCAAUGAUCCCGUAUUGCAUUCAACCACUGGCGAACGAUCCGACGUACGAACAUUACUUCAGAAACUUAUUCUCGAAGAGGAUCAGUUUGCUGUUCAAGAUAUUCUUCCAAACACAGUGCCAGAUCCAGCUUCAUUGCUUCUGUCAUCUGAAUACGCUUGUCCUAUUGGUCAAGUGGUUAUGGUGCCUGAUUGUGUUCCAUGUGCUGUCGGAACAUUCUAUUCUGCUGCCAAUAAAACUUGCAACCCAUGUCCCCGUGGAACGUAUCAAUCGGAAACUGGUCAGCAACAAUGCACAAAAUGUCCAGUUAUUGCUGGUAGAAUGGGAGUGACUGCCGGACCAGGUGCGAGAUCAGCGGCAGAUUGUAAAGAACGCUGUCCGGCCGGUAAAUAUCUUGAUCCGGAUACUGGUUUGUGUCAACCGUGCGGUCAUGGUUUCUAUCAACCGAAUGAAGGUUCAUUUUCUUGCGAACUGUGUGGCUUGGGACAGACUACACGAUCAUCCGAAGCUACUUCACGGCAAGAAUGUCGCGACGAAUGUUCGUCAGGUAAACAGCUCGGUCCCGAUGGCCGAUGUGAACCGUGUCCAUCUGGUACUUUCCGAACUCAAGGCGUUCAGCCAGCUUGUACCAGCUGCCCAAUUGGUCGAACAACACCGAAAAUGGGUUCAUCAUCCAUCGAAGAGUGCUCGUUACCGGUGUGUGCUCCGGGUACAUAUUUGAAUGGAACCAAGAACAUGUGCAUCGAGUGCAAGAAAGGUUUCUAUCAAUCGGAAUCACAACAGACAUCUUGCAUUCCAUGUCCACCGAAUCACAGUACGAAAACAGUUGCCGCAACUAGUCGCAGCGAGUGUACAAAUCCAUGCGAAACGAUUACCGAAGGCCAAGCACACUGUGACGUUAAUGCAUACUGCAUUCUGGUGCCGGAAACUUCCGACUUUAAGUGUGAAUGUAAACCAGGCUUCAACGGAACUGGAAUGGAAUGCAAAGAUAUGUGUGAUAACUUCUGUGAUAAUUCCGGUGUUUGCGUCAAAGAUCUAAAGGGAACGCCAUCGUGCCGCUGUGCCGGUUCAUUUACCGGACCGAAAUGUUCCGAACGAUCGGAAUUCGCAUACAUUGCUGGUGGAAUAGCUGGUGCUGUUAUAUUUAUCAUAAUUAUCGUAUUGCUCGUUUGGAUGAUCUGCGUGCGAUCGAACAAGAAGAAGGAUCCAAAGAAAAUGCUGACACCGGCUGUCGAUCAGACCGGAUCGCAAGUGAAUUUCUACUAUGGAGCUCAUACAACGCCAUAUGCCGAAAGUAUAGCACCGUCGCAUCACAGUACAUACGCUCAUUAUUACGAUGAUGAAGAGGAUGGCUGGGAGAUGCCGAAUUUCUACAAUGAAACGUACAUGAAAGAAGGUCUUCAUGGAGGUAAAGUCAACACAUUAGCCCGAUCGAAUGCCUCACUGUAUGGAACGAAAGACGAUCUCUACGACCGACUAAAACGACACGCUUACACUGGUAAAAAGGAUGAAUCUUUUUCGUAGAGAAAAGUGACAGUGACAGCGAAGGACAGUAAAACAUACACACGCUCACACAACGUGAAAACUAAUUGAUUCAACGUUUCGAUUUUAAAAUUAACAAAAAAAAAACAUUUUUUUGUAUUUUUCCAACGCACUUCAAGCAAUAGUGUUUUUAAUGACAGAUGCCAAAUAGAAUAGUAUGAAAAAAUGUUCCACAUUUUUUUACAGUGUCAAAUGUUGUUCGAUACACUGACCAGUUUCAGCACUCUAUACUCUAUUUACCACUCAUGUUUGAAGUGCGUUGAUUUUUCCAAAUCUCGAUACAAAUGUUAUUAUUGCGUGUGUGAUCAUGAAAUUGUGGAUUUGUAUUCUGUUUUUGGGAAAAUCUCCUGUUCGCUACAACGAAUGAUAAAGUUUUUCUACUUUUUUUUUUAAAUAAAUAAAAUGGACAAUACUCAAAUGGAAAGAAAAUCGUUUUUUGUUGUAAAAUGUUUUGCUUAGUUUAGAAUGUGUGAAUGUAAUUUACUUAAUCUUUAGUUAUUGGCUUUUAUUUUGGAAAAAUCUCGUUAUCAAAACCACGAACACGAACGCAAAUCAUUGAAAAUCUGAGAUUAGUAAUAAGGAACCAAUUGAAUUUACAAUUGAUUUCAGAACAAACGAAUUAACGAGAUUGUUCCGACUUGAAAGGCAUUUGGAAUUAAUUUUUAUUUUAGCAAAUAAAUAGGUUUCGUAAACAACGAGAAAUUAAAAAAAAAAAUAAUUAAAUUAAAUAAAAUUUAAUGAAGCAACGAAUUGCAAUGAUCGUUUAAAAUCGAAAUAUAUUUAAUUUAGUCAUUUGAUUAAAAAUAAAAAUGGAAAUAAAAGUGCGACACAAUUAUGAAAAAUAGCUGGGUCUUUUCGAAAUAUAUAAUUUAAAUUAUCGAAAAUAUUUAUGAAAAGUUUCUUUUUAUUAAAUAAUUCUUAAAUAAACCACUUACAAACACCAGUCCUCAUACAAUUCAUAAAUAUUUACAUAUUAUGUAGACAUUAGGUUAUUAA